GACGGUGUUAUCAGUCAUUGUGUUUUAUCCCAUGCUGCACGUGUCAGCUUUUAAUCAAAGGUUUGUAAACCACAAGACAGCCUUAAUUGUAGGGAGGCUCUGGAAGGGUAAAUAAUAAAUCAGAUACGUUUUAUUUGUAAAGUGCCAAUCAUUUUCGUGGCUUUUAGUUUAUUAACUUUUGGUUCAUGACGCUUUUCAUUGUUCAAAAUCCUGUUAGGACUUACAAUUAUCAAUAUAUGUAUAUAUAUGUAUCAAGCACAGCGGUUCUCAACCUAUGGGUCGCCACCACUUUGGGGGUCGAGCGACCCUUACACAGGGUUGGCCUACGACCGCCUUAAACACAUAUUUAUGAAGUAGCAACGAAAAUAAUGUUAUGGUUGAGUGUCACCAAAACAAGAUGAGCUGUCAAGGGUCGGGGCAUUAGGAAGGUUGGGAACCACUGAUCUAGCAGUUUGGGUAGUGACAAAAAACCAAGAACUGCCCUUUUUAAAAUAGUGUUAUUAAUCUGGUUUCAGAGACACCACGCACCAGUUACUGGAGGCCAUUACUUAUUUAAGCAGAAGACUGUCACAAUCUCACCUUGGUUCACGUGUGAAUAUGAGCGGGGGUGUGUGGGUGGGGGGUGUGUAGGGGGUGUGUUGGUGGGGGGUGGCGAAGGAGGGUUGGUGGAAAUAUUUUUUAAAUGUCUUACGGUUAAUAAGGUAAUAAAAAUAAAACACGAUCAGUUAUCGAAUUAUAAAUUAUUGCAGUUUUGAGUUGUAUUUAGGACCAGGAGACUUAUAAGGCUGACUCUUUUCAUGAAUUAAUUAUUGGAUUUCAGAAAAGGAAAAUGAAAAACACGAAACAUAAUAGGGGUGAAUGGCUUCAACUAAUCAAUGUAAUUAAUGUGCACAGGAAGACUACUCUGUCUUUAGGUUGUUUGCGAAAAUUUAAUAGAAUUAGAUUUAAUGGUCAUAAAUAAAAUAUUAUUUUCUUCUGACUUGUUUCUUAGCUGCAAUUAUUGCAAUAAAGCGACUAUUUUUUUUUUAAAACUUGGUUUAAAAAGUAGCGUAAGAAAUACAUGAAGUAUGCAUAUCGAAAUCUCUUCGUGAAAAAAAACAAAAACAACUUAUCAGUGCUCGCGAAUGCUUGUUGCCGUGGUAAUCAGCUCUCUUUUUUUUCUUUAUUUACGUAACUAGAUAAAUGACAAUAAAUAUGACGAGAACCAAGAUGUGCACCGGGAUUGCCUUGCUGACCUUCAUCGCCCUUGUUGAUGGUCAUGGUCGCCUCAUCGACCCCCCGGCCAGGUCAAGCAUGUGGAGGUUCGGGUUUAAGACUCCGAUAAAUCAUGACGACAUGUCGCUGUACUGUGGAGGAUUCUACGUAAGUCGUACAUUGGUUAAGUCUCGACCUUGACCCACUCUCAUAAUUUAUACAGCUACUGGCUUAGUAUCAUCAUUUACACAGCUUCUCCUGUCCUUUCUACACUCGCAAACAUUAUACACAACUUCUGGUUUCGUCCUGCCCUUGUCACACUCUCAUCAUUUAUACAGCUACUCCUGUCUGUGGGCCUUUCAGGACCGGCUGCUCCUGUCUGUGUGCCUUUCAGGACCGGCUACUCCUGUCUGUGUGCCUUUCAGGACCGGCUACUCCUGUCUGGUUGCCUUUCAGGACCAGCUACUCCUGUCUUUUUGCCUCUCAGGACCGGCUUCUCCUGUCUGCAUGCCUCUCACUACCAGUUACUCCUGUCUGUGCGCCUCUGAGGACCGGCUACUCCUGUCUGUGUGCCUCUCAGAACCAGCUACUCCUGUCUGUGAGCCUUUCAGGACCGGCUCCUCCUGUCUGUGUGCCUCUCACGACCGUUACUCCUGUCUGUGUGCCUCUCAGGGCCAUCUUCUCCUGUCUGUGUGCCUCUCAGGGCCAUCUUCUCCUGUCUGUGUGCCUCCCAGGUCCAUCUUCUACUGUCUGUGUGCCUCUCAGGGCCAUCUUCUCCUGUCUGUGGGAAUCUCAGGGCCAUCUUCUCCUGUCUGUGUGCCUCUCAAGGCCAUCUUCUCCUGUCUGUUUUCCUCUCUGGGCCAUCUUCUCCUGUCUGUGUGCCUCUCAGGGCCAUCUUCUCCUGUCUGUGUGCCUCCCAGGGCCAUCUUCUCCUGUCUGUGUGCCUCUCAGGGCCAUCUUCUCCUGUCUGUGUGCCUAUCACGACCGGGUACUCCUGUAUGUGUGCCUCUCAGGACCUGCUACUCCUGUAUGUGUGCCUCUGAGGACCGGCUACUCCUGUCUGUAUGCCUCUCACGACCAUUCCAAGGAGAAGCUGAGCCCGGGUUGACACCUGAACCCUCAACCCAAACCUCUUUUCAACUUUCAUCAAUAAAUGAUAUACGACAUAGGCUUGUAUAUGAUGUGGGAUUUAUUAUAAAUAAACUGAUAAUAUAUGAAUUGUGCACCCCCUCGUGGCUGACGCUCAGGGUGUGCACCCCUUCGUGGCUGACGCUCAGGGUGUGCACACCCUCGUCAACGCCCUGAACGUAUUAAAUACACCCUAGAACUAAUGACUUAAGUUCGGCAACGCAUUCCUCACUUGGGCAGUGCUACACCUCUAGCUUCAGGGAGCCCACGCUAUAUAAAAUAGACGUAAAGUUGUGAUGUGGACAAAAAUGUGAACCAUUAAUGUUGAAAGUUAGGGGCAAAAAAAAAAAAUAAACCAACAAGAAAAUUUGCAGUUGAUGUCUCCAAAAGUUUCGCGAUGACUCUGCGGCGAUACUAAGGAAGCUUUUUUCUCCCCCUUAAAUUAUGUGCUGCUUAUGUGAUAAGAUUGUUUCACUCAAAAUUCCAUGUCAAAUAAUUUGAAUAGCGAGUGAAACACUUCUAACGUACUUUGCGCACACACUGUUCUUUUCUUGUUACUAUUAUCACCCCGCACAGAGCUGACACUUCAAAUAUACCCCGUUGUUUUCUAGAUCCCCACGUUUAUAGUUUUAACACUCCGAUCCGCAUUCGGGAACACUUACUCUCUGUUCGUUUUCGUCACAAAGGGACACCAUCACCACACAGCAUCCAUUAUCUUGAAGUACUCAAUUCUUGGUGUGGACGUAAUGCGCCUGACGGCUGGGCUACUCUUAAAAAGAAAAAAAAAAUGUAACAUAAUUUCAGGCAGCACUUUCUGGUCUGUCAAUUAAGAUUAUAGUCCUGCACACGUCAAUAAUCUGGCACGUGACUAUGAUCCUGAAAAUGACAAUAAUGCUGAACAUGACAAAAGGCCUAUAUGUUCAAAGAUAGUUUUGAUUAUGUUACAUCCUUGUCGUUCCAUGAAAAACAAAACAUUUAUUUAAAAAAAAAAACUAUUCUGGUGCACCGGAAGUCACAUCCACGCCCCCUCAUACCCGCCCCCUUACAUCCCCCCCUCACACCCACCUCCUCACAACCGCCCCUCACACCUUCCCCCUCACACCCGCCCCAUCACACCCUCACCCCCUCACACCCACCCCCUCACAUUCCCCAUCUCACACCUGCCCCCUCUCAUCCACCCCCUCACACCCACCACUUUACACCCACCCUCUCACACCCACCCCCACACAUCCACGCCCCCUCGCACCCACCUCCUCCUCCUUGAGUUAAGAGCCAAUGCUUUAUAAGUAUUUCCUGUUUCGGGAAGAUGUAGAUCUUUAUCUAAAAUUCAUUGUUUAGAAAAGAUGCACCUUGAUCCAUUCAACCUUCAUCUGCUGACCCACCAGUCGUGAUAAUUACUCAACCUGACAUUUGAUUCACUGUCUCGGGUGAAUGAAAAACUCCUUAUCUGGCUGUGUUUAAAAACAAAAAAAAACCCACAUCGAAUGACGUCGUAGCCAAUCACGAUGACUUCGUCAGAUGAGUAUUUUAAAAAAAAUCUCUUUAUAAUAAUUACCACUUAAGCCAGAUAGAUCAGCGGUUCAUAGACCCUGUACCAUUAGUGACACAUAUUAUUGUAUCAGAUGGUUUAAAUACUUGUAUGUACAAUACAUUAAAAUAUCUUCAGUCAUAAUGAAAAACAAAAUGAAACAAAAUUAAAAUCGUAGCACAGUAUUUUUAGCAGUUUUUUUUUUUUUUAAAGUUUUUAAACAUUUAAAUAUUUUGAGAUCCCCUGUGUUAGAGGUUAUAUCAGAGCGUUAAUUUGACGUCAUCAAAAUACUGAUCGAAAAUUCUAUGAAAGGCGGAUACGUAAUGGAUUUUAAAAAAGGAAGACGCGUGAAAUGAAAACAAUGAUACUGCUAAAUAACAACAUCCUAGUAACAACAUCCUGUCAUACGCCCAUUAUCAACAUCGUGGCGUACGCCCAUUAUCAACAUCCUGGCGUACGCCCAUUAUCAACAUCCUGGCGUACGCCCAUUAACAACAUCCUGGCGUAUGCCCAUUAACAACAUCCUGUCGUACGCCCAUUAGCAACAUCCUGGCGUACGCCCAUUAACAACAUUUUGGCGUACGCCCAAUAACAAUGCCUUGGCAUACGCCCAAUAACAAUGCCUUGGCAUACGCCCAACAACAAUGCCUUGGCAUACGCCCAAUAACCAUGCCUUGGUUUAAGCCCAAUAACAAUGCCUUGGCAUAUGCCCAAAAACAAUGUCUUUUCAUACGCCCAAUAACAGUGUCACGCCAUAAACCCAGGCUGAUGUUUCAAUUGUGUUGAUCAAUGAAAAUCUACGUUCACUGCCUUGUCUUUGUCUGCUCGUUGCUGAAUCCUUCCUAUCCCUCCGUAAGAAAAACAUGGGACUUUUCAAAGGCGGCGAAUGACAGGUCAACACGUAGAUAAGACCCAAUUGAAAUUUACGGUAUAUCGGCUCAUCUUAUGCUAGGAAGCUGAACUUCGCUACACAUGUGUUUCUGGCCAUACAUUUAAAUUUAUCAAAUUGUUUUUCGAUCCUCCAUGAAAUGCUCGCAAAAGAUUCGUUGAUGAAAUGUAUAAAUUCGUAGUUUAAAUGUAUAGAUUCGUAGUUCAAAAUGUAUAGAUUCCUAGUUGAAAUCUAUUUAUUUGUACUUUAAAUGCCCAUAAAUGUUACGGCAAAAGCUCGAAUUUCGGCUAGUGAUCGAAUUAGCCGGUUAAGGAGCGACAUAGCCAAGAGAUGUAGCCAAGGUUCGAUGUAAUUGAAAUGGCGAUUGCAUGUGCCAGUUAGGCCGGACAUUUCAUUAAGUGGUGAGGAAUCACUGGCUUAAAUUCGAUGCUCUGCCACAAGACAGUCUUGCAGAUGUCAUGAACGUCAAGGUCGCUUUCUACUCGCUGGAACAUGGUGUUAUGUGAUUUCUACAAGCUAGGAACAGAACAUGUGUUAUGUGAUUUCUACAAGCUAGAAGAAGAACAUGGUGUUGUGUGAUUUCUACAAGCUAGAAGAAGAACAUGGUGUUGUGUGAUUUCUACAAGCUAGAAGCAGAACAUGGUGUUGUGUGAUUUCUACAAGCUAGGAACAGAACAUGGUGUUAUGUGAUUUCUACAAGCUAGGACUAGAACAUGGUGUUAUGUGAUUUCUACAAGCUAGAAGAAGAACAUGGUGUUGUGUGAUUUCUAGACGGUAGUAACAGAACAUGGUGUUAAGUGAUUUCUACAAGCAAGGAGCAGAACAUGGUGUUAAGUGAUUUCUACAAGCUAGGAGCAGAACAUGGUGUUGUGUGAUUUCUAGACGGUAAACUUGAAUUUUGCAAUCUUCACAUUGAAAUCGUGCAAACUUGAAUCCGUGACAGAGACCCAAAAUCCCCAUGGACCUAGCGAUCACCUCAUGUCAUCUCACAAACUAACCGUCCAAAUCGCAAAAAACAAGAAAAUAUCGGACAUUUCGGUCAUUAAAUGCGAAAUAAAGGAUUUCUCUAUUUUGACGGCCAUUUAUAGAAUUUUCCGAUUUCUUGAUUUGGGCGUAACAUAUAUGCAUUGACGUAGUUGAAAAUUAAAAAAAAAAAUUAAACCAAUUGAAUUCAAUUUGUUUCCCCAUCUCAAGUUCAUUCAUCCUUCCAGUUACUUAAGGGCGUGAAAAACUAUGCCACUCACUGUCAGGCUGACUCUUAUGAAACGGUUUGACUUUUAACUGUAGCAUUUUAGCGCCAAAAUGAGGCUGGUCAUGGCUAUCGUUGUCGUGGUGGUUGCGUGGGGAAUGAAGGAGGUUGGGGACACAAUUUAUGCCAAAGUUGGGCUUUUAAAACAAUGCAAUCAUUUGAUUUUUCAAUGACACACGUACUAUCUGGGGGAAAAUCAAUAUUUUGUAAGUCAACUCUUCAAAUGACAAAAAAUAAAAUGUUUAAAACAAGCUUCUCAGUCUUGAAGCGUCUUACAAUAGGUGUAUGUAAUGUAGGCUGUUUAAGGAUUGUAUUUGUAAAAUAACAGCCACUCCCUUUUUAAAAAAAAAUAACAUAGUUAAAUUUAGUUUCGUUUUUUUCGAAAGCUACUGUACCAUAAUCUUAACCGAUUCACCUUAGGGAGAGAGAAACAAAGAGUCACAUGUGGAGAUAAUUAUUUCUUAGCUUUUAUUACCUUUUGAAAAAAAAAAAAAAGGUUUCAAACUCCAGGAGCUACACAUAGCUCAGGAGCAACACAUAGCUCAGGAGCUACACAUAGCUCAGGAGCAACAUUGUCAUGUGACGUAUUGGGGAUUACAGGCCAAAGAUGAAGUCCUGAACAAUAUAUAACCUUUGAAAUAACUAUAACAUUCAACAUGAACAAUCUUAUGUGUAUGUGUGUGUGUGUGUGUGCUUGUGUGUUUUUGAGAGCUAUAGUGACGUCAUAAAUGGCACGCGUCGUUGACAGCUGAGCCGUCGUUAUAAAAUCUAAAAUAUUUUCCUUAACUUCCCUGAAUACCUCACAGCGCCAAUGGACCGUGAACAAGGGACGAUGCGGCCUGUGCGGUGACCCGUACGACGGCCCCAGAGAGCAGGAAGCAGGAGGGAAAUACGCAACAGGAACCAUUGCUCGGACGUACAGGUACAUUAAGGCUCAACUUUAAGAUAAUAACAUUUCAAUCUAAUUUUUAGGGCCCGUUUACAGGGAGAUGGCAAGAACGGAUUAAUUUAGUUAUAAUUUCAAUCACAAAGUCGGACUAGAUUACUAUAAAAAAACAAAAGAAAACACGAGAGCAAAUAAAAUCAACAAGCACAGAAACCAAAGAUACAUUAAACAACCAAUACCAGAAAUUAUAGGAUUUUUUUUAAACAUCUCAAUCUUUAUACAUUCAUAUCUAUUAUGUGGACAAAAAUGAAUAAAUUAUUUAACAUCAUAAUGUAUACUCUUUAUUUGGCUUAGCUGACCCUAAAGCACUAGAGCAUAGAUCAUCUCUGUGCGAUAUAACAUGUAGAUCAACUUUGACCUUCCCGUCUCUUCAACGCGGAGAGAUUAAACAGCAUAUCUGGCCUUGAGCUCAGAGCGCGGUAGCUGGGACGCGCUGCCUCGCGACCAACUGACCAGACAUUCUUGUGCCUUCAUUCAUCUAAACAGGAACUUGGGCGCCAAUAAACAUUCCUCAAAAGCUUGCAUUUUUCAGCGAAGAAAAGAAAGUUUUCUUGCAAUUUAAAAAAAAUAAUUGCACAUCAACACAAAGGUCUUUCAUUUCUCUUCGUUUCUUUCUUGUCAAAAUCGUUUCAUGUCUGGACCCUUUUGCCGUUUUAAAUUGUUGAUUGUUUUCGAAGAUUCUCGACUUUUCAAUGAAUAAACUAUAGCGCCUAGGUUACCAGUAGUGGAUGCCACACAUAGACGUGAAGGUGCUAUAGAGUACAUACGUGUUUAACUUCAUCAUGAAUAUCGAACCUUUGAGAGUGCUUAGAUGUCAAACUAAAUACACCUGAUGUUCCAAGUGGCUAACCAAUUUGUGGACCUGCAGUGGCUAACCAGUCUGUUGACCUGGUGUGGCUAACCAGUGUGUUGACCUGCAGUGGCUAACCAGUGUUUUGACCUGCAAUGGCUAACCAGUGUGCUGCCCUGCAGUGGCUAACCAGUGUGUUGACCUGCAGUGGCUAACCAGUGUGUUGACCUGCAGUGGCUAACCAGUUUGUGGACCUGCAGUAGCUAACCAGUGUGUUGACCUGCAGUGGCUAACCAGGCUUUUGAACGAUGCACUGAGUGUUAAAUGGCUUAAGGGGGUCUUCUACACUAAGUCAGAUCUUGAAAACAAACUAAAAUCCAUGAAUAUUUUCAGCUAUAAUGCAAACAACUCAUAUGUAAAAGCAACUCACCCUAUUUAAAAAAAUAUUAACAGCAUUACUUUUGCUCCAUUAAAUCAGAUCGCUUCACAGAAUCAUCGGCGGUCUAUGUAUAAAAAUAUAUUCAACAUUAUAGUUCAGAAAGAUCUUAAUAUGUUUAAAUUUUAAAAAAAUAAUUAAAAACAUCUUUGUCUUGACAUUUUUCAUAUUCAAAUACUUUUGUGGCGCCUUAAAAUAUAGUUUUUGGUGUUACAAUACAACUUCACGCAAUUAGGAUGAAUGCAUUCCAUAGUAGACUGGUGUUUUAUUAAUCUCUAUUAAUACACGCGUAUACCAAAAUACUUCCAAUUCUUGCAUCAGAGUUGCGCAAUAUUAACAAAAAAACCAACAGAACAAAAUAGUCCAAAGGAAGUUAAUAUGCAAUUAAACUUGACGCCAAUUAAUGCAUUAUAAAUACUUCCAUUUCGUUGUCCCAGAGCAGACUUCAAAUGUCUUACAUUUUUAAAUUGAAAUGCUACAUUUCAAAUAUUAAUAUCUUAGAUUCCCCCAAAAAUUUGACACAUUCAAAAAAACAACAACCGCUAAUGGAUUCUUUGAUAACACGGUCUUUGUGGGCAAGACGCAGACAAAGUGUUCGAGUAGCGGUUCCUGUUGCUAAUGGACGCCAAAUCCUAAAUUAUAAUUUUGAGUACACGAUGGAUUCAAUUUGCUGUGGUCAGUGAUUACACAAUUUUGAGAAGCCCUUGCAGAAAUUAGUUUAAAUUUUUUUUUUUUUACUCCUAACGACCCCUUUUCCUUAAAGUCUUUUUUUUAAAGGAAAUAUGCAUUUUAAUUGAUUAAAUUCGUCCCUUGCAACUUCUGUAAGUUUUACGCAACCAUAAAGUAUUAUUGUAGAAGAGAAAUGUUUAUUUAUAUUAUAUUUUGAGAAGGAUGUACUUAAAGGAUAUCAUUAUACUGGGCCGAUACAAUGGCCCUCGUUGGAAUUAGUGUCUCCCCAGAGAGGGAGAAGGGUCAAGGUUUGUGCCAUCUGUUCAAGAAAAAAAAAAUCAACAAAAAAAAUCACUCCGCUACAUAAAGAAAAAUUGUUGUAGCCGGGGCUAAUCCCCCCCCCCCCCCCAAAACCCCCCCCCCCACCCCCCCCCCCCAAAGGUUUGUCCCAUCUGUAAAAAAAAAAAAAAAACAAAAAAAAAAACCCCCCCGCUACAAAAAAAAAAAUUGUUGUAGCCGGGGCCAACCCCCCCCCCCCCCAAACCACCUCACUCCACCUCGCUCCACCACUGGUUUGAUAUCGUACCACAUAUUACAAGGCUGGUACAACACCAGCCUUAAGCGUGAACAAUCUUGAUUUAACUCAGGCCAGAAGUGGCAGGCAAUCAUUUUCCUACCCCGAUGGAGCGUGAAGAGCUAGAGAUAAAUUUGGAAAGAUGGCGAUUUGUCAAAUAAAUUUGUAAAAAUAUGACGUCGUGAUAAUAAUCUGUCCUCUUUCAGGCAGGGUGACGUCAUCCCCGUCGCGGUCCAGCUGACACAAAGUCACUUGGGCUGGUUCGAAUUCAGGCUGUGCCCAUCGGAGCCUGCAACACAAGACUGCCUGGAUUCCCACCUCCUCCCACUUGCCAAUGGCUCAAGGCGCUACACGGUAAAAUCCUCUAAUGGUUUUAUAAUUACAUCUACGUAUUUUGACUCUGAAAAGUUUAGGAGUAAGUUUCCAAAACAUUACAAUAUGGUGGACCAGUGGAAAACGUUUCCCAUUGAAACAGGGACUGGUGCCAUAUUUUUUUACUCUAAAUAUUUUGUAAAGUAUUUGUCAAUCAGCCAUCCUCCAAUUUGAGUGGGCUCUUGUUAACUAUUGCCAUUUAUUCCUUGACGAAUUCAGUCGUUUUUUGUAGUGGCUGUUAAACUUUAUUUAAAAUGACUUUCUGCCGAAACCGAAGCCGAAAUCGAAGCCGAAACCAAAAAUGAAAUAUUUAGGUAUUUUGAAAUUCGUUCCCGCAUACAUUCUGCAUACAUCAAAAAUGAUGUUUUAAAGUAUAAAUAUUUACAUUAUUUUUAUACAAAAUGAGAUAAUCGUGAAUAUUAAUAAAUAAACAUUCAAUAUAACAUAUUGUUGUUAAAGAUCGUUUAGUUUGUUCUUAAAGAUCGCUUAGUUUGUUCUUAAAGAUCGCUUAGUUUGUUGUUAAAGAUCGCUUAGUUUGUUGUUAAAGAUCGCUUAGUUUGUUGUUAAAGAUCGCUUAGUUUGUUGUUAAAGAUCGUUUAGUUUGUUCUUAAAGAUCGCUUAGUUUGUUGUUAAAGAUCGUUUAGUUUGUUAUUAAAGAUCGCUUAGUUUGUUGUUAAAGAUCUCUUAGUUUGUUGUUAAAGAUCUCUUAGUUUGUUGUUAAAGAUCUCUUAGUUUGUUGUUAAAGAUCUCUUAGUUUGUUGUUAAAGAUCGCUUAGUUUGUUGUUAAAGAUCUCUUAGUUUGUUGUUAAAGAUCUCUUAGUUUGUUGUUAAAGAUCUCUUAGUUUGUUGUUAAAGAUCUCUUAGUUUGUUGUUAAAGAUCGCUUAGUUUGUUGUUAAAGAUCGCUUAGUUUGUUGUUAAAGAUCUCUUAGUUUGUUGUUAAAGAUCGCUUAGUUUGUUGUUAAAGAUCUCUUAGUUUGUUGUUAAAGAUCUCUUAGUUUGUUGUUAAAGAUCUCUUAGUUUGUUGUUAAAGAUCUCUUAGUUUGUUGUUAAAGAUCGCUUAGUUUGUUGUUAAAGAUCGCUUAGUUUGUUGUUAAAGAUCUCUUAGUUUGUUGUUAAAGAUCACUUAGUUUGUUGUUAAAGAUCGCUUAGUUUGUUGUUAAAGAUCGCUUAGUUUGUUGUUAAAGAUCUCUUUGUUUGUUGUUAAAGAUCGCUUAGUUUGUUGUUAAAGAUCUCUUAGUUUGUUGUUAAAGAUCGCUUAGUUUGUUGUUAAAGAUCGUUUAGUUUGUUCUUAAAGAUCGCUCAGUUCUUUGUUAAUGAUCGCUUUAUUAGUUCUUAAAGAUCGGUUAGUUUUUUCGUAAAGAUCGCUUAAUUUGUUGUUAAAAAUAGUUUAUUUUGUUUUUUAAGAUCGCUUAGUUUGUUUUUAAAGAUCGCUUAGUUUUUGUUUAAAGAUCUUUUAGUUUGUUCUUAAAGAUAAUUUAGUUUGUUCAAAAAAGAUCGCUAAGUUUUUUCGUAAAGGUCGCUAAGUUUGUGUUAUUAAAAGAUCGUUUAGUUUGUUCAUAAAGAUCGCUUAGUUUUUUCUUAAAGAUCUUUGAUUUUGUUCUGAAAUAUCGUUUAGUUGUUCUUAAAGAUCAUUCAGUUUGUUCUUAAAGAUCGCUUAUUUUGUUGUUGAAGAUCGCUUAGUUUUUUCAUAAAAAUCAGAUCGCUUAGUUUGCUCUUAUAGAUAAUUGAUUUUGUUUCUUAAGAUCGAUUAGUUUGUUCUUAAAUAUUUUUUAGUUUGUUCCUAAAGAACAUUUAGUUUUCUGUUAAAGAUCGCUUAGUUUAUUCUUAUAAAUCAUUUAGUUUACUAUUAAAGAACAUUUGUUCUGUUCUUAAAGAUCAUUUAGCUCGUUCUUAAAAAUCGCUUAGAUUGUUCUUAAAGAUCGUUUUGUUUGUUCUUAAAUGUCGCUUAGUUUGUUGUUAAAUAUCGCUUUAUUUGUUUUUAAAGAUCGUUUAGUUUGUUCUUAAAGAUCACUUUAUUUUUUCUUAAAGAUCGUUUAGUUUGUUCUUAAAUAUCGCUUAGUUUGUUGUUAAAUAUCGCGUUCGCUGAGUAUUAGAUGACUGAAAACCUCACCGAAAAAAACGAAAGUUAACUUUUCUCUUUCGGCCGAAACCGAAAUUAAGCUGAAAGUUAACUUUCAGUUUUGGCCGAAACUGAAAUUUUGCCGAAAGUGAUAAAAUGGCCAACUUCGGCACUGAAACCGGAGCCGGAGCCGAAAUUCGGUCGGUAUCUAAAAUGAAUAUAGUGUCUUGUCUCAUGUUAUACGUGCCGGAAAUGUGAGGCUCGCGAACUGGCGACGUAACAAGCCCGGAAAUAUGGUUCAUUGACCAACAACAUAUAGCUCGCCGACCUGAAACAUAAAGCUCGCAGAUCGCCAACUUAUGAGUGUCGGAACGGAAACGUAAGGCCCACAGACCAGCAAGUUAAAGCUCACGAGCCAGCAGUGGAUUGGCACCGUAAGGCUCACAUACUGGCAACGUAGGCUCGCUGUCCAAAACUUUGGAAAACACCAGUUUGUAAUAUAGUCAAUCAGAUUGCCCCUUAUGUCAUCAGGCCUCGACGUCGUGUUUUCCAGUUGUCAUGUUUCAUUGUGAUUGUCAUCCUAACACACUGCCGCUUUUAAAUCAGAUAUUUAGGUCUUCUGUUAUUUUUCCGUGAAGCCUGAAGGUCAAGGGCUCUGAUGUCUUUUCGUCCACCCUUGCUUUGUCCAAAUGAAUUCCCCUAUGCUUCUCGACACUUAUUAAUUUACUAAUCAAUCCAUUCAACAAUCUCCCUCACGUUCCUUCAUGCCAAUACUUUCCUUCAUGCCAAUCAUUUAUCAUGACGCAUGUGUUGUUCACCACGCUACAUCCAUGAGUUAAGUCCAUCACAGCUCCACGAUGUUUCUUAAAGCCAGACCCCCACCCCCCCCCCCCCCCACCCCCCCCCCCCCCACAAUCAUGCCAAUCAUUUAUCAUGACGCAUGUGUUGUUCACCACGAUACAUCCAUGAGUUAAGUCCAUCACAGCUCCACGAUGCUUCUUAAAGCCAGACCCCCACCCCCCCCCACACACACACAUUCCCCUUGGGGCUGAUUUUAUAUGGGCUCGGGCUUAGCUGAAUCUUAGCCGCGCUGGUGGAUUCAAUGAAUCGCUGAAAAUUGCAUGUUACACUCGUCAAUGCAUAAGCCAUCUAUUUUUCAUUAAUAUGUAGAUCACAUUUUAGAUUGAACCUAAAAUGAACUGGUUUAUUAUAAGAAAAAAAUGUGUAACUGCCACACGACCACAACCUACUCUACCCGCAUAUUCCGUUUGAUUCAUUGUAGGUCUAAUUAAAUUGUUUAUUGGGAGAAAAAAAAUCGAAUAUCUAUUCCAUUAUCAGAAUCGAUAACCUAUUAAUUUUUUACUUCGUCUUUUUCAUUUAGCGAUACACAAGGGCAAAAACAAUUAAUAAAUGAUCAUUGAUUUAGCGUCUCCUUGACAAUUUCGGCUUUAAAAAUGAAAAUUGGAGCAGCGGGGUAUCGAUCCCCGUACCUCUCACAUGCUAAGCGAGCGCUCUACCACUUGAGCUACAGCCCCUUUAAAGGCCACGCUGUCAGUAUAAUGUUCGUAUAAUGACUGUCAAUAUUUUCAUGGUUAAAAAAUCGCCCCAUUGUUUUCGUUGAUAUGAACGAAGGUAUCGCAUCAAAUCAUUCUAUGUGAACAAAGAUUUCCUCAAUAUUAUUCUCUCUCUCUCUCUCUCUCUCUCUCAAUCUCUCUGUCUCUCUCACGCUAUCUCUCUCUCCCUAGAAGUCAUCAAGCAUUUUGUUCAUUCCUUUCAUAAUAAUUCAAUACACCAGGUCCAGUGGUCCCUCCCCUUUGCGCCUUUGACUGUGCUCAGAGUUAUACCAAACGAGCAAGAUGCCAUCUAAUCUAACGUUUCUAAAACACUUAAGCUUGUCGGACCGUUGGACCAGCUUCCCAUUGCCCAAGUGACCGAUGCCAGAUUUAUUUAUUAUUUGGCUUUUUAUUUGACCAUACAUGAUGUGAUACAUUUUUUUUUUUUUUUAAAUCCGUGAUCAGCUAGUUGCAAAGGGUUGUCUUUAUUAUAAAUUUUUUAUUGAAAUUGCUCUUGAAAACUUUCUCUAUGGAGAUUAAUUGGUGAGAAAGUUGUACCGGAUACUUGGAACCACCACCGAGUCAAACACUCAGUACAAUUAGGGUAUGAAAGAAGUCCUUCUUUGGUGAGUUGGAAUUGUUUAAAAGUAUUGUUAAAUCUAUACAUUUCUUCUGAACGAUGCCCUUUUCUCGCAACAAGCAGGACAAUCUACGUAAAACUUACAAAGAAUUUUAUUUAUCUACCAAUCGCAAUAAAUGAGCUUGAAGUCGGAUGGGGUCGCGAAUUUCCAGGUAAAUCAAGAAAAGGUAACUCCCAGAGGACAACGGACCGGGGAAUAUCCGGUCUUUACCUUCUUGAGGCCAUUAGAGAAAUUGACCCAAUGAAGUUCUGAUCCGUGGAGUACACUGUUUGGUUUGAUUUCCAGAAAAGAGAAGCGAAAUAGAGGACAUCAGCGUAUCUAAGAGUGCGUUAGAUAGACCAUUAAAUUAACAUGACAUUAGAGAAGACAGACGAAACUCGGGCGUUUGGGGUGGGUGGGGUGAGGGAGCUAUUAUAUAGAGUAGAUUCAAAAAGUACAAACUUUUUUUUUUAUAGAACAAAGUGUGUUUCUCUUUUACAUUACUUUCUCGUUUGAUUGUAAAUAUAUCAUGCAUCACAUUUUCCUUUUAGAAAAUUAAAUCAAAUCUUGAGUUAUCGCUUCACUUGCCAAUAUAAAAUCAAAUAGUUUUUUCUGAUUUUUUUUUUACUUCUAUGAUGUUCUUUUAAACCGAUGUUCCGUGGAACUUAAGGGUUCCGUGGAAUUUAAGGGUUCCCUGGAACUUAAGGUUUCAGUGGAAUUUAAAAGUUCCCUGGAACUUAUGGGUAUCAUGGAACGUAAGGGUUCCCUGAAACUAAGGGUUCUUAGGGUUCGGUGGGUGUCAGCCAGGGUUUCCACCAGUGGCCAGUAGAUUUAUAAAUAGAAAGGCCGAAAUCGCCAGUGAACUAGUCUGGCAGUGGCGGUACUAGCUGGCAGUAGCUGGCAGUAGCUGGCAGUAGUUGGCACUCUGCGGUAACUACAAGUAUUUUUAAACCGCUUCAUUACUGUUUCCGUUGCUGUAUUGAUGAGCGUUUCAAUUUUGAAUGAUGUGUCGCAAGACGGUCGUAUGUGCACGACAAUGGACCAACAUUUUUUAAGAAGAGAAGAAUAGACGAUACCGAAAAUGACAAUGAAAGUAAGACUUAGUUGGAGUCGACUGAAGCUACUGCAUGUACCGGGUCAAAUGACUCGAACGUGCGAAAAAUUAACGUUUUCCUAUUGGAAUCUUAUAGUCCGUCAGUAGAUGGGAGUUACUUGGACAGGAGACCCAUUUGGAAUGUAACAAUGAUACUUGGAAAGGAGUAUGGGGCACCGCUAGCAAUCUAAACGUCCCAAUAAAAAUGUUGAAAAACAUUUACCACGUCUAAAAUCAUUUCAAAGAACCCGGAACAAGCAUUGCAAAAUAAAACAAACAACAACAACAAAAAUGGGAGUCGCUUAGUCACUUCCUUGUUUGGUCACGUGAUGUGAGUAAGCCAUCACUAGGCUGCUACACACAACAAAAGAUACUUCAUCAGUGCUUCCCCAGUGUCAUGUUACUUAAAAAUUUUACCUUUCGAAAUAUUCUGGAAUACAUGCGUUUUUAAAUGAAAUACAUAAAUGUAACAAUAAAUAUACGUCAGUUAUGAUUAAAGGAAGAAAGUUAUUUCAAGAAAAAUUUGUGAGCGAUAUUCGAUGGGAACUAUCAAUACUAUUAUCGGCAGGAUGUUGUUGAGCGCCGUGCGUGCUCAUGACGUCAUUUGCGUUUUUAUUCAAUAUUGAUGCAGGAGUCAUUCCCCUUUGUUUAUUUUAUUGUUAAUUUUCAUUGGACGAAAUGUAGUGUAGUUGUAGUGUGUAUCGGGCUACUGUUGUCAAGCACUAGUGUGUUGUAUACAGCCUACCGGAAGUCUUACUUGUUUUUACUCACAUCACGUGACAAAUCAAUCGACUAAGCGACUCCCAUUAACAAACAAAGUGUGUCACAUAAAACAUCACUUCAAUUCUCGUAAAUGUACUUCCGGCUGCAACAAGAUGGUUGAGAAAAAAUUCAAAAGAACACAAAAGGAAGGAAACAUGGAUUUGACAAGAAAAUAAUUGUAUGAAAUAGUUUCUUUCUUUGGAAUAUAUGCUUAAGAAUCUUUACAAGAUCAGAAUCUUUGUUUCGGAUACGUAAUUUUUCUCUUAACAACAUUUCGUUAACAAAAUCUCCAUUGUCACUAUACAAAGGAUAAUAAUAAUAAUAAUAAUAAUAAGAGGUCUUAUAUAACGCGGUACACCAGCCUAUUUCUGGGCUCACCGUGCUGUACAUAGUCAUGACAAGCAAAAGAGACAUAAUCAUGACAUUAAAAUAAAAUACAUUUAUGAAUUGAAGAAAAGCAAUAUAUAUUCACCCACCCUACCACAUAACUUUUACAAGGCAAACCAUGGACGGCAGCCAGCACGAUCGUUUAUCGGUCAGAGGAGGGGAAUCAGUCAGGGUAGUAUAAUUGAAAAAUAUAUGUUUUCAGUGCAGUUUUGAAGGCCUGGGUGGUUGGUAUAUUGCGUAUGUGUAGUGGCAAAGAAUUCCAUUGUUUGGGGACGCAGAAAGAGAAAGAUCGUUCACCAUAUGUUUUAGUGUGUGUCUUGGGAACGGACAGAAUACGCGUGUCUGCAGAGGAGCGAAGCUGUCGAAGGGAUGAAUAACGUCCGGCUACAACAAGAUAGCGGUAUAAUAAUACACAAAAUGAAGGAAUCUCAGUGUGUAGGCGCUUCAGUAAGGCCAGGGAGAUAGUUAAAAAUGAUUAUUGGAAAUUGGCUUCGGCGCAAGAAAAUUCGAACUUUUAAUAAAGUUUAAUUGUUUUGCGGUUUCAUUCAGAUUUAUGCUGUUAUCAACGUAUUUCUCCUUCUAAAUACAACUGCAAUAUAGAUCUACUGUUAGGCUGAAAAGGAAGAAGCCAUCUUAUUCGGAAACAGCCGGAAGUCUCUGUACUCAGCUCUCAUCUGUGGUUCCAAGAAGCUGUAACAUGCACAACGAUUCCAGGUUGAGGGUAGCCGAAAGACAUAGAACUUUCGGAAAAAGGGGGUUGUCCCCCAUAGCAUGUAAAGACUGGAUCAGGCCAAUUGUGCGGAAGAACAACUACUUGGUCAACGGACAAAAGGCGGAGACAGCAUAGUGGUGUGAAUCACUGAGAUCAUGGCCAGACACGUAGAACGCCAUGGUCAUUCACUGCAUGGGUGACUGGGUGGCCGAAUGUUCUAAACUGAGCAAACCUCAAUUCCAGCCAAAGGCCGGUCAAGCAAAAACAUCACCCCGGAUGGAUGAGACUCGUUAACCUUGGUCGGCAACUCAUCUAAGAGAAGGAAACUCUGAAUUCAAACCCGGAGUUCGAGUCCCAUAAGGCGCAUACAAUGACAAUUCCUGCAACCGUACCCAUCCCUAGUCGUCUUGACGUAGAGUCUUGCCACUGGAUAUGGUGCGAGAGAGUCAGGUUGACGCCGCGCAACUCUUCCUCACUUUAAACAAAAGUCACUUGCGUAAGUCAUCAGUCACCAGACGACUCGAUGGUCAUCGCCGAUCCUCGACGGACGAACAACAACAAAUGUUUAUUCCAUUUUAAAUAACAGUUUAACCCCUGACAAAUUAUGUUAUCUAUUUUUUAAUAGUUUUUAAAAUCAAUCAAUUAUUUAUUUUUUUUCUUUGGUCCGUAAAAAGACCAAGCCUUGAACUUGAGUUUACGGUUCAAAGACGAUUCAUGCGUUCCAAUUAAAACUGCAUCAGUUGAUUACUUUGUGUAUACACCGGUUGACUAAGCACUCGCCCUGACCUUGACAAUGAGAUUCUGCAAUGAGCCCAUUCAAUAAAGUCUUUCUCAACCAUUUCUCUUCAGCGAUAUAUUAUUUUUUUUUCCCUAUCAUGAACCACGAGUCAGUCUUAUAGUUUCCAUGGCAGGCGAGGCCCAUGCGGUCGUUUAGAUUAUUCUCUGAUAAGCUUCUGCCCGAGAAAAUGAAAUCUUCAUCGAGCGGCUGGAAUUGUCUAAAUUGCCUUCGCCAGAUUGUGUUUCUUCCACCGGUGUCUCAAAGAGUUUGAACACAGUCUUUAGAUUCUAACACCGUGCAAGGAACAACUGCGUUAUUUGCCGAUGGUUAACAUGAUAUCUGAAAGUUAGUACCAAACCAAUUUGUUUGAAAAAAUGGCGCUGAAACGGAAGUUUAUUGGAACGAAAGUUUGUUGAAAGAGUGGAGAAAAGAAAAAAAAAAAGUUUGAAUUUCCUACAUUUCGAAAUCGCCCAUCCACGUGAAAAAAAACAUUUAAAAAAAAAAAAAAUUCUCCAGUAAAUAUAUUUUUAUCGAACAAACCUCGGUUGUGACUUAAAUUCCGUUCGAAAAACAUUCCUUCUAACAAUUGGUUUCAAGCAAAACAGUUUUGUACUAAUUUUCGGUACAUGAAUAGUGGAACAAGAUAUGUUUAGGUGAGGGGAAAAAAAGAGAAAGCUUAAUGAGAUUCGGGCCGAUUCCUUCUUCUAAACCUUAAGCUACUUUGGCGUUUUUUGAGAUUUUCCAACACGUAAUGUUGAUUUAAAUUUAUAUUUCUAAUUAUCUAUUGAUUCCUGUUUUGUCAAGUAUGCUGAAGAGUGCAUGCGGCCGAAAUAUCCUCUUUUUCGUUCCGCAUCUUCUUUUCAUAUCUUGCUCUGCUUGUUAAUGAUGGAUGGGCAAAAUUAUAUUUUAAAAGUCUAGAAAAGGUAUUUUUAAAAGCACCGCCGUUGCUCACUUAUGAGUCCACAUCUUCCGUAGAUGGCAGGGCUCAAGAAAUUUUAGAAUCCCUGAAUUUUCUUCACCUAAUAACAUGCUAGAGAUCCGAAGAUAUUAUCGAAAAGUUUUUUUGUUUUUUUUCCAACUGGGAAAAUGGAAAAUGAGUUUAUCGAUGAACUCAGAAUAGAACAUGUGUCUGCAGAGCUGGCGUUGAUGUCACCAGUAUGUGGUUCGUCUGUGACCUGCCGCCCUGUGUCUGAAGCGUCAUAUAGAAAUAUGAUGUCAUUAGCAUGUGUUUCGACCUUGACCUACCUUCUUGUUGUACCUGAUGAACAUAGCUGUUUCUGGCAUUGCAUUACAGUUCGUAUUUAAACAUGACUUGUUUCUUUUUUCGGUUUUCUUUUGCUAUAAAUCUCCUCAAGAGAAGAGAGCUUUAGCGUUUUUUUUUUAAAUGAAUGAUUAUUUUUGACCACGUUAAAACCAGCAAAAUUCGCUUUAAAACAUUUUUUUUAAUACUCCUACUCCGGGAAGCCCCUUCCAUACCUAUGAUGUCUUUCUCUCUUGCCACAAAGGGGCUAUCAAAACCUCAAAAAUUAAGUCCCUGUGUUUACCACACUUUACAUUAAACACCGUUGUUUAUUUUGAGCACAUUCCCCUUUCCACACAACCAACAUUUCCCCUCACAUUAUUCCUUCUUUGUAAUUCCUUAUCUCUAACUUUCACAUACAAAUUCUUCCAAUUUCACAUUAGUUGUUUUUUUUUCUCUCCAUUUUUUGUAUUCCAAACUAACAGGGCUUUCAUUGACUUGUUCGUUGUAUUUAUCUAUUGCAUUCCAAAUCACUCGGUAUUUUAAUGAUUCAAUAUUUACUCGCAUUCCAUCCGGGGUUGGAGACGACAAGCCUGGAAUGGUAAUUCUUAAACGAGGCGAGCCCUGGUUCAAUGCGCAACACUCUAUGGCUUAUCACACCAGUGUUUCCUAAAUUGUUUUUUUUUCCGGACAUCGCUUUGUUUGGAUAAAGAAAGUACUCCCGCCCCACCCCCACCCCGCCUAUUGAGUGUGUAAACCAUGUCAUUAUUUGGGGAAUAAAAUCCCAUGAGGAUGUCUAAUUUCCCAUCCUGUCCUGGGUCCUUCCCUUACAAUAAACACACCCAAUGAGCUAACUUUAAAAAAAAAAAAAAACUCUUUGUACUCUAUACCAAACCUUCAUCUCAACGCAUUCAUUUAAGCUCAGAUUUUGAACUUCUCGACAACAGUACACAUUGUUAACCUGGCGUAGAGUGUACAUUACGUUUAGUCUAAUUGAACGAUUACAAUGCUCAGACUUCAUUGUACGUUCAGAGGCUAUACCCUCUGAGUGUCAUUUUGGUAGCUGUGGGUAAACCCUAGGCUAUCACCUCUGAGUGUCAUUUUGAUAGCUGUGGGUAAACCCUAGGCUAUCUCCUCUGAGUGUCAUUUUGGGAGCUGUGGGUAAACCCUAGACUAUAACCUCUGAGUGUCAUUUUGGUAGCUGUGGGUAAACCCUAGACUAUAACCUCUGAGUGUCAUUUUGGUAGCUGUGGGUAAACCCUAGACUAUAACCUCUGAGUGUCAUUUUGGUAGCUGUGGGUAAACCCUAGGCUAUACCAUUUGAGUGUCAUUUUGGUAGCAGUGGGUAAACCCUAGGCUAUACCCUCUGAGCGUCAUUUUGGUAGCUGUGGGGAAACCCUAGGCUAUGACCUCUGAGCUUCAUUUUGGUAGCUGUGGGGAAACCCUAGGCUAUACCCUCUGAGCGUCAUUUUGGUAGCUGUGGGGAAACCCUAGGCUAUACCCUCUGAGCGUCAUUUUGGUAGCUGUGGGGAAACCCUAGGCUAUACCCUCUGAGUGUCAUUUUGGUAGCUGUGGGUAAACCCUAGGUUAUACCCUCUGAGCAUCAUUUUGGUAGCUGUGGGGAAACCCUAGACUAUACCCUCUGAGUGUCUGUUUGGUAGCUGUGGGGAAACCCUAGGUUAUACCCUCUGAGCGUCAUUUUGGUAGCUGUGGGUAGCUGCUGUACCAUACUCAGAAAAAUGCUGAUGAGUGUCAUUUUGGUAGCUGUGGGUAAUCCCUAGGCUAUACCCUCUGAGUGUCAUUUUGGUAGCUGUGGGUAAACCCUAGGCUAUACCCUCUGAGCGUCAUUUUGGUAGCUGUGGGGAAACCCUAGACUAUACCCUCUGAGUGUCUUUUUGGUAGCUGUGGGGAAACCCUAGGUUAUACCCUCUGAGCGUCAUUUUGGUAGCUGUGGGUAGCUGCUUUACCAUACUCAGAAAAAUGCUGUAUCAUUAUACUAUCUUAAUUUGCCGGUGUGUUGGCAAGCAAUAUGCAGAUGAUGUUAUGUGAUUGACUCUGAGAGUGAAAAUUAAGCAUUGCUGAAACCUGUCAGUUUUAAGCAUUUUCAAAGGAUUACAUUACCAACACACACAUUUUAAAAAAAAAAGGAAAGUGCGAGAAUGGCAGAGAGCGAGAGAGUGAGGGAGACAAUGAAAUCGAAAAAAGAGACAAACGAACAACGAGGGAAUAGGAUAAUUAUCGAAUAGAGACAUAGUGAGUGAGAGACAGGGCGAGCACUAUAAACAAUUUUAUUUGAAUCGGAAUUCCAUUAUUGUCUUGGGGUCGACUGAAAUUAUUGGCGACAAAACGAAAACCCAACAAACAAAAUAGACAUUCUUUUUUUUUUUUUUAAACAUCACGAUGGCACGUGCUUAUAAAGAAUUUCCUUAUUUUGGUCCAGUAGAAUGUCUUUAUGUUGGUCCAGUAGAAUGUCUUUAUGUUGGUCCAGUAGCGCUUUCAAACACCAACCACAAUAAUAACCCAUUUGAUUUAAACACGGUGGACCUCGAACUGAAAAAAAAAAUGCUUUAUUAAUCAUUUUUUAAACAACGUUAUUACAAUUUUCAUUUUAUGUCGCCAUUAUGGUGCCCACUUAAUAAUUUAUGAAGAUCUGCCCACGGGUGUUAAUUAAGGCUCAGGAAAUGCGCGGUCCUGUCGCGGGAAGGGCGCCCCUUAUAUAGGUUCUACGUCACCGGCUCAGCCGAUCGAUGAGUGGGGGGGGGACUUUUGUCCAGGAAACCACAUGUAAUAUUUGAGCAAUGCCAAGGACACGGCUACGAUGCCGACAACAAUUUAGCUUAGUCUCGGCUUUAAUUUUCUGUUGGUCUUCACAUUCCCAUGGCUUCAUGAGUUUUUUUUUUUUGUUAUACAUGACGGCAGUCCCAGAACCACACUAAUGAGAAUAAGCGCAUGUGGAAGCUGAAUGAUACAGCACAAGGCACCACCUCAGUGGAUGAAAUGUGGCGGGAAAUGCUAGUUAGGUAUCCGGAAAUUUAUUCAAAAGAUAUUAUCAGCUCGAUUGAAAAUGGUUAUUUUCUACGGAGUUUUUUUCGAAAGGAAGUUUCUUCGAAAUGAAAUUUGUUUUAACAUAAAUUUAUUCAUUUAUUUGAUAAAUGCGUUUUAUGGGAAGUGUGCGAGAGACAAAUGGAAAAGGGGGGGGGAGGGGGGGGGACAAUUUAAGCUUGAUUUCUUGGGGGGGGGGGUCGCCCAUUUUUUGUUCCUUUCAAUCAAUUUUACGCCGAACAAAAGAAACAUGCCUUAGAAGUAAUUUCCAGUGACCGUUUCCAGGAGACGAAGUCAAAAACAUUUCUCUGAUCUUCAUUUUUCUUCAUUUACAAGGAGCCGUAAACUCUUGAUUCUAACACCUUUUUAUACACGGUAUGUGCAUGAUGGUUUUGUGAUUUUAGUCCCCAUAGACUUAAAGCUGCUAUCACAAAGAAACCAUGGGUAUUCAGUCAACUUAAAUCUACUGAUCAAAUAAUAACUAACCUAAAGGUUUUCAAUUGUUUCUUUUUUCUUUUUAAAGGUUCUCAGCAAGGAAAGCAUCAUCCACAACAUGACGCUGAGGCUCCCCUACAAUGUUUCCUGCUCACAUUGUGUUCUGCAAUGGAAAUAUAAUACAGGUCAAAUGGGCUUAGUGGCGCCCCCAAACCCACCCCCCCCCCCGCCCCAAAAAAAUGUAUCUUUCGACCCUUUAUUUGUAUAAACUAUUUUGUUAUCUAACACAUGAUUUCCUUGAUACAUCUAAAUUGCUUUUAUUGUAUCAAAACAGUCUAAAUGGUAUAUAAUGUAUCCCACCGUCUAAAUUGCAUAUAAUGUAUCAACACAGUCUAAAUUGUAUAUAAUGUAUCAACACAGUCUAAAUUGUAUAUAAUGUAUCAACACAGUCUAAAUUGUAUAUAAUGUAUCAACACAGUCUAAAUUGUAUAUAAUUUAUCAACACAGUCUAAAUUGUAUAUAAUUUCGGACGCAGGUAACUCUUGGGGCUGUGAAGAGGACACUUCUAAAUGCUGCCUUGGUUGCGGCCCCCAGGAACAAUACUUCGGGUGUGCAGACGUAGCCAUACUCCAUCCAGAAGGUUCUAAAACGGUUGACGUGAGAUUUUAUUUAUUUUUCCUUUAUUAUAACAUCUGGACAUUAAAUAACUUAUCUUAUUGGAUGGGGAAAGCCUAAUGAUGUUUAAACAAUAUGAAGCUUUCCAUAUGUUUUACAUAGAAGAAACAGAAACAUUCUUUGACAAUGAUGGCUUGCCGCUGUAAAAUAUUUACGAUGCUGAAGUUUAUUUUUGACCCUUACUCAUAGAAAAUAUCCUAUUCUUGUUUCCAUAGAAACGAAACAACACUACACCUCGCUAGCGAUCGCGAGCAAGGAAGGCAACUUCUAAGCAAUUCAGUCUGAGCACAAGGGAAGCACAGUUAUAGAACUUUGGAAGGAAUGAUAACCCAAAAUCAUGACAUAAAUUUUUAACACGAUCAUUUAAAAAAAUGAAGAAUGACAAAGGCGUAGGAGAUAAAUAGAUCGCAUUCAAGUAGGGGAAUUCCCACACACAUCAAGCGAGAAUGUUGCGUCACCUAUUAAUUUAUAUAGCACAAAGCUGAUGUGAUGAAAAUCUAUAAACAUUUUAAUUGCUAUCGUCCAGAAAGUGUGUCAGUCUCGGACAUCUUUGUAGUGGUAUGACACAGAAUAAUGAAGGAUUUACAGCAAUGUGUCCUGUGAUGUCGUAUUACUAUAACUGACAUUUGGAAAUCAGCUAAA